AAACUGUGUGGCUGUUUUGUGGUAUACUAUGUCUUAUUAUCACUCUGAGGUAUUUUCUGUGGUUAUGUACUACAUAACCUAACCUCUUUCAAAUCUUCAAAACAAUGUAAAACUAGGCAAAUAAAUAAACACAAAAAUGACGACCAGUAGUUCAAGCGGAAUUAAAUUGUACUCUAGGUUAACAGACCAACGGUCCAAAGCCAAAAAACGCUCUAGCGCCAAUACGACUGAACAAAAACCCAAAAAAGACCCCAGCUUGAUGGCUUUAAUAGUUGACAGUGGAGCCUACAGCAUAAAAGCCGGAUUAUCCACUGAUCAUCUUCCCACGAUCGUCCCCAAUUGUAUCAUGAAAGCCAAGUCCGAGAGAAAGAGACUGUUCAUAGGAAACCAAAUCAAUGACUGUCGAGACUGCUCCGGUUUGUAUUUUCUACUGCCUUGCGAACGGGGCUAUAUCACAAAAUGGGAUGUUCAAAAACCUGUGUGGGACUAUGUGUUUAGCAGGAACGUCUGUCCGGUUAAUGAGAAGCCAGUAAUCAUGACCCAACCGCUGUUCAAUUUCAAGUCGAUCCAAGACUGUAUGGAUGAGAUUUUUUUCGAGGAGUACGAAGUAUCGUCGAUGUUCCGCGUGAAUCCAACAGAUUUGACAAAGCUGAAGUAUGCAGAAGAGCGCAAACUGACUGAGAAUAUACCUUGCAUGAUUGUUGAUACAGGUUUCAGCUUUACCCAUAUCAUACCAUAUAUCGGUGGUAACAAGUACCUUAGAGGAAUCAGAAGAUUGAAUGUAGGUGGAAAACUUUUGACGAAUCACCUGAAAGACAUAAUUUCCUAUAGACAGUAUAAUGUAAUGGAGGAAACGUUUGUGAUAAACCAGGUGAAGGAGGACACUUGCUAUGUGGCGAAGGAUGUCAAAGAAGAGUUGAAGCUAGCUGCUAAAUCUGACUCAGAGAACAGUAUAGUGAAAAACUACGUUCUUCCUGAUUUCAAUAAUAUCCGCAGAGGCUACGUCCAGGACCCGAAUGAUCUCCUGCAAAAGAAUAAAGAGGAGGGUUGCCAAAUACUGAAGCUCAACAAUGAAAGGUUCAUUGUUCCUGAAAUUCUGUUCCACCCAUCAGACAUUGGUAUGAAAUGCAUGGGCAUUGCCGAGUCAGUGGUUAAGUCAAUAUACCUGUGCCCAAAGGAGCAUCAGGAGAACCUGGUAAAAAACAUAGUUCUUGUUGGGGGAAACUGUAACUUCCCAGGAUUCAAGGAGAGAAUGUACCUAGAGCUAAGGUCGCAUCUGCCUCAUCUUUGGGAAGUAGUCGUAUACCAACCAGAAGAUCCCAUCACAUAUAGUUGGGAGGGUGGAAAAUCCUUGCUGAAAGUACCCAACUUCAACUCAUACCUUGUGACGAAGGAGGAAUACGAAGAACUUGGGUCUUUGAUAAUCCAACAGAGAUUCAGUACAUGGAUGACAGAUAACUCAGAACCUAGAGAAGAACCUAAGAAAGCUGAGGAAAACUACUGCUACCUGGAUCAGUUCAGGAGUAAGUCCAUUUUUGGCAAGGAGGAACAAGGAAUUGAUAAUCUCCAAGUGCCUGGCAACAAUAAGAACUCUGAGAAAGAAAGUGCAGAUAGCAAUGUUGUUGAAGAAAUGAUAACUUCCGAGCAAAUAGGGCUGGACAAUACAGAGCAUUUGGCUGAGAGAGAUGGUAGACAGAAGAGAGCAGCUCUAAGGCCUAACAUGCGUUUGAGCCAAGAGACCAGCUUGGACUUUUCUAGUAGUGAUGAUUUAACUAACUCUGUUGAUAUAUUUCCUUUCGGUACCCACUCGUAUUUGUAGUCUUCUAGAUUCUUUGUUACUUUAUAUUACGUGAGAAAAAUUGUGAUAGGUUUUUGUACAGUUGUUCUUUUUAAAAAAAAAAAAUAAAUAAAAACUCAUUGAAGCUGUAUAGAUCAUACACAGA